AUGGAAACCCCGAUUGCCUUGGUGGUCUCAAAUGCAGAACAAAAAGCAGCCGAUCUCGAGGCUGGUUCCAAUGCGCCGACCAUCACCACCACUGAUGAGAACGUUGUCGACUGGGAAGGCCCGGAAGAUCCUCAAAACCCGCUCAACUGGUCGCCAAGACUGCGGUACGGACAUGUGGUCAUUGCAUCUCUGUUCUCCCUCGUCGUCAACCUUGCCGCCACGAUGAUAGCGCCCGGCAUGGAAUACGUCGUCCGAGACAUCCACAUCACCAGCCAAACCAUCGGCACACUAUCCGUCACGAUAUACCUUCUGGGCUUCGCCUUGGGCCCCCUCAUCAUCUCUUCCGCUUCCGAGAUGCACGGCCGCCUCAUCGUAUACCACAUCUGCAAUGUCCUGUUCAUUGCUUUCAUAGUCGGCACAGCUUUAAGCAAGAAGGUGCCUCAGCUUCUCAUCUUCCGCGUUCUGUCUGGCGUUGCAGGGUCUGCUCCGAUGACCAUUGGAGGCGGUACAAUCGCGGACGUGAUUCCCUCAGAGCACCGGGGUCCUGCUGGAGCGCUGUUCGCUCUUGGACCCCUGAUGGGGCCGAGCAGCGUCAUUUCACUCGUAGCUCUGGCGUUUCUCCGAGAGACUCAUCCCAACAUCCUGCUUUCCCGCAAAGCCGAUCGUCUCCGCCGCGAGACCGGCAACCAGGAGCUGCGCUCAAAGCUGGAUCGCCGCCUCACCUCAUCCCAAAUCCUGAUUGGCGCCUUUGUCCGAACCGGAAAACUCUUGACCUUCUCUCCCAUAGUCCUCAUCAUGUCUCUCUACGUCGGUCUCGUUUUCGGCCUGCUGUACCUCCUCUUCACCACCAUCACUCCCAUCUUCCAGGGGGUCUACGGUUUCAAAGCCGAACUCGUAGGUCUGGCCUACUUGGGCGUCGGCAUUGGCGAGUUGACAAGUCUCAUCGUCUUUGGCACACUGAGUGACCGAGUAUCGGCAUGGCGCACAAAGUCAGAGGGGCGGUCCGUUCCCGAACAUCGGCUCAUUUUGAUGAUUUGGUUCGCCCCCGUCAUGACCAUUGGUUUCUUCAUCUAUGGCUGGACCGCGCAUUACCAGGUGCACUGGAUCGCUCCCAUCAUCGGCACUUUCUUCAUCGGGUUCGGAGCAUUCUUCGUCAUUCUACCUGCGCAAAUCUACCUGGUCGACGUAUUCGGCUCUGAGGCUGCCGCGUCAGCCCUCGGCGCAAACAUCCUAUUGCGCUGCCUCUUCGGCGCCUUCCUCCCUCUUGCAGGCACAAAGAUGUAUGAGACGCUCAACUACGGUUGGGGCAACACUCUCCUUGGCUUCUUGUCCCUGGCUUUCGUACCCGCCCCGAUGUUCUUCUACAAGUACGGAGGUUGGCUUCGCAGCAAGACAGCCACGAGUUUGUGA